AUACCUUUCCUUGUGUUCCAAGGAAUACCUGGUUCUGUGCAGCCUGCUUCGUCCCCAGGUCUGCAUCACUCCACCCAGGGGCACCCCAGGCUUGCAGCAUCCCUUACAAACACCAGCCCUCCCUUGGUGCCCUAGGCCCCCUCUCUGGCAGAGCCCUCAGGGCACGUGUGGCCCACUCCAUGUCCCCCCAUGUCUUCUCUCUCUUGGUUUCUCAGCACCCAACAGAGGCAAGGUUCCUGUUUUCAUGGCUACUGGCAAGCCAGGGGCUGGGGGAUCCCAGGAGGAGGAGGAGGAGGAGGAGGAGGGGGGGGCCUCCACUGGACAGCAGGCCACCAUGCUGCAGCAGGCCCAGGAGCUCUUCUUGUUAUGUGACAAGGAAGCCAAAGGCUUCAUCACCCGGCAGGACCUGCAGGGCCUGCAGAGUGACCUACUCCUCACACCUGAGCAGCUGGAGGCUGUGUUUGAAAGUCUGGACCAGGCCCACACUGGCUUCCUCACUGCCCGGGAGUUUAGCUUAGGCUUGGGGAAGUUUGUGGGGGUGGAGUUGGCUCAGGGCAUGCAACCCUCCCGGACUACUGAGGAAACCUUUGAAUCGGGCUGGUCAGAUGUGCAGGGCACCAGGGGUUCUCUGGAGGAGGAGGAGGAGCAGGAGCAAUUUUGCACUGCAUUGGAGCGGCUGGGAGUGGCCCAGGUCUUGGGCAAGCAGCCGGCUGUGAGGGCCCUGUGGGCCCAGCUGCAGCGCGAGAGACCAGAGCUGCUGGGUUCUUUCGAGGAAGUUCUGAUGCGAGCGUCAGCCUGCCUAGCAGAGGCAGCCAGGGAGCGCGAGGGCCUGGAGCAGGCACUGCGGCGGCGGGAAAGCGAGCAUGAGAGGGAGGUGCGUGGCCUCUACGAGGAGCUGGAGCAGCAACUCCGGGAGCAGCCGCAGCGCCGGAGGCAGAGCCAGAACCUUCCCCUGGAGGAGCGAAGGGGGCAUCUGGAGCUGCAGCUGCAGAGCCGCGAGCAGCAGCUGGAGAGGGCUGGCUUGCGGCAGCUGGAGGGACGUGGUUGCCGUCUCCAGGAACAUGCAGAAAGAGAAACUCAGCCUCCUACGGCAACUAGAGCUGCUCAGGUGCAGUCGGGCCUAGGCCAGUGGGAGCUGAACACACGGCUUCGAGACCUACGAGAUGAGAGAGACACCUGUGAGGCCAGGCUGCUCAGAAGCAGCCACAAGAAGGCUCUGGCCACAGCCCGCUGGCCUGGGCCCACCUGCUGCUGCUGCAGCUGGGCUAGGCCCCCCAGACGUGGGUCUGGCCACCUUCCCAGUGCCCGAUAACCAGCUCCAAGUGACUCCCCUGGGCAUUACCUGGAGGAGCUGCCCCUCGAAGGCUACUUGUCCUGGGAGGAGGGCUACCAUUCAGGGUGUGGGCUCUAGCCCACAAAGACAUGCAGGAACUAACCUGUGGGUGGUAAAGGUCUCAAGGGACUCAUGUGCCCCUGCCAGGUGUGCCCUUGCCAAUACUUAUCCUGUUCCCUUGUCUAUCCAUCAAGGAAAAAACAAAACAAAACAAACAAAAACUGCUAUAACGUCCA